UAGCUCCUUGCCCAUUAUGUAACGGUUAAAUAAGUGAUUACAUCAGGUUACAUUGUAACUAUUGGUAACCACGUGUAAUGAACGUCAUACAUAACGUACAUAACUACAGCUACGAUAGAAUUUAGUUAUUGAGACUAGAGAUAAAUGGACCGGCGUAUUGCGUCUUAUCAUUACCAAUUAAUUUUAAUGAAUAACUAAACCAAGGCUUGUAUAUAUAUCGACAGUCUGUAAGGGAAAUAUUGUCUAGACUUGUAGAGACUAAUGAGAUGAUAUCUGCGAUCUGAGCACGAGAUUUAAACAGUGAUUUAAUUAUUAAUAGUACCUCGCGGGACGGACGAUAUGAAGAAACUGGAUAUGAGCAAAUAUCGGUACAUUCACGAUCAGUUGCAAAAUCCCGAAGAUCACAGACCGCUCCACCUUGCUGUCAUGAAUUGCGAUAUAGUAGCUGUAAAAUGGCUCAUUGGAUCAUGGACUCAAUGUACCAGAUGUUAUUACGUUAAUGUUCCAAAUGGAGAUGGAGAUACGGCACUGCACCUGGCCAUUCAGAAAAUACACAAAGAUAUCGUACAGAUCCUCGUAGAUCAGGAUGCCAAUAUCAACUGGAAAAAUAGAAAGGGCGAGACACCGCUCCAUUUUGCUGUGCGACAAAAACAAAGAGAAAUUUGCAGGUUGUUAAUCGAAAGAGGAGCUGACGUGAAUGCCCAAAACAGAGAUGGAGACACGGCACUGCAUUUUGCUGUGCUAAGAAGACAAGAAGAAAUUUGCAGGAUGCUAAUCGAGAGAGGAGCUGACAUAAAUGCCCAAAACACAGAUAAAGAAACGGCACUUCACCUAGCCAGUCAGGCGACAUGCAAAGAUAUCGUACAAAUCCUCGUAGAUCAGGAAGCCGACGUCAACGUGAAAACUAAAAAGGGCAAGACACCGCUCCAUUUUGCAGUGCUAGAAAGACAAGAAGAAAUUUGCAGGAUGCUAAUCGAGAGAGGAGCUGACGUAAAUGCCCAAGACAGAGAUGAACUCACGGCACUGCAUUUUGCUGUGCUAAGAAGACAAGAAGAAAUUUGCAGGUUGCUAAUCGAGAGAGGAGCUGACGUGAAUGCCCAAGACAUAUUUAGAAGAACGGCACUGUUAUUAGCCAUUGAGAACAGAUCCAAAAAUAUCGUACAAAUCCUCGUAGAUCAGGGUGCCGAUGUCAACUUGAAAGAUGCAAGUGGCAACACACCGCCCUAUGUUGCACUACAAAAAUAUGAAAUAGAAAUUUUCAAGUUGCUAAUCGAGAGAGGAGCUGAUGUGAAUGCCAGAAGCAGUGAUAAAGAAACGGUACUGCACCUAGCCAUUCAGGGAACAUUCAAAGAUAUCGUACAAAUCCUCGUAGAUCAGGGUGCCGAUGUCAACUUAAGAACUGCAAGGGGCGAGACACCGCUCCAUUUUGCAGUGCGAACCGGAGAAAAAGAAAUUUGCAGGAUGCUAAUCGAGAGAGGAGCUGACGUGAAUGCUCAAAGCUUAGAAUGGGAAUCGACACUGCACACAGCCAUUCAGUACAGAGACAAAGGUAUCGUACAAAUCCUCGUAGAUCAGGGCGCCGAUGUCAACUUGAACACACCGCUACAUUGUGCUGCGGAACUAGGACUAGACGAAAUUUGCAGGUUUCUACUCCAGAGAGGAGCUAACGUGAAUGCCAAAAACACAAGAGGAUUUACGGCACUGUUCUUAACCAUUAUCAAGGGACACAAAAAUACCGUACAAAUCCUCGUAGAUCAUGGUGCCGAUAUCAGCUCGAAAAGUAUGACGCUUGAAAUGGCAAUUACACGUGGAGAAGAAGAAAUUUGCACGUUGCUCAUCGAGAGAGGAGCUGACGUGCAUGCCAACAUACAUGGAUGGACGGUACUGUACCAGGCCAUUCGGCCGGAACUCAAAAGUACCGUACGACACCUCGUAGAUCGGGGUGCCGAUGUCAAUUCGAAAACUAGAUAUAACUUGGAGACUCCGCUCCAUUCUGCUGCGCAACAAGGAUUAAAAAAAAUUUGCAAGUUUCUCAUCGGGAGAGGAGCUGAUGUGCGUGCCAAAAACAAAAGUGGACAAACGGCACUGGACAUGGCCAUUCAGGAGAGACGCGAAGAUACCGUACAACUCCUCAUAGAUUACGGCGCCCAUGUCAACUCGAAAACUGAAUGUGGCGAAACACUGUUUCAAUCUGUUGCGCGAGCAGGACUAAGAAAAAUUUGCAGGUUGCUCAUCGAGAGAGGAGCUAACGUGCGUGCCGAAUUAGGAGAUGAAGAAACGGCACUGCACCUAGCCAUUGAGAAGGGACUCGAAAGUAUCGUACAACUCCUCGUAGAUCAGGGUGUCGAUGUCAACUUGAAAUUUAAAUGGGGCCAGACACUACUUCAUUUUGCUGCGCAAAAAGGAAAAGAAGACAUUUGCAGGUUGCUAAUCGAACGAGGUGCUGACGUGAAUGCCAAAGAGGAAAAAAGUGGAUACACAGCGUUGCAUUUUGCCACUAGAUUUGGUAAUGUGCGUAUCAUGGAAAUUCUCUUGAAUUCGGGCGUCGACAUCGAUUGCGUAAAUGUAGAUGGUGAUACUGCACUUCAUCUUGCAUCCAGCCGCAGUGAGAUGCAACUCGUUCGGCCUCUCAUAGAGAAUGGUUGUAACGCACACAUUGUUAACAAAUACCAUCAAACAGCGUAUCAGUUACACAAUUCUAAGUUUGAAUAUAAAGGCCGCUAUAUCUCCGGUAUCCAAGAGCUACUAGUUACAAUGCAGAUUGCUAGUUUGGACGUGCAUAACGGAAAUGUGGAAAACCUUAAUCUCCCUAAGGAUUUAGUUUGGGAUCAGCUUGUGGUGAAAUGUAUUAAAGAGACAAAGAGACUGAAAAGCACAAAAAUUAACGACACUAUCCUAACAUUUCAUGAUAUCCUAACAAAACGCUUAGACCACAUAGUAUUAUACGUGAGGGAUGUUGUUCCGGUUUUGAAAGACUUCAAAUUCCAGAGAGCAUUUCCUACGUAUUACGACAUAAUAGAACGUCGUUUCAUCAGAGCUAUGAGAAUGUUACGAAACGAGUUGUUAGACGAGGGCGUUACAUUUUUCCGCUAUUACCUCGGUAGAGAUUAUGAUUUACUUUGUAUUCAAAGAAUAUUACACUACCUGGAUAUCAAGGAUCUUACGAAUUUGAGAGAUGCUUGUAAAAACGUACGUUCUAACAUUAUCAAUGUAAUAAAACAGGAAACACUGUUUCAAUCUGAUGCGCGAGCAGGUCUAAGAAAAAUUUGCAGGUUGCUCAUCGAGAGAGGAGUUACCGUGCGUGCCGAAUUAGGAGAUGAAGAAACGGCGCUACACCUAGCCAUUGAGAAGGGAUACGAAAGUAUCGUACAACUCCUCGUAGAUCAGGGUGCCGAUGUCAACUUGAAAUUUAAAUGGGGCCAGACACUACUUCAUUUUGCUGCGCAAAAAGGAAAAGAAGACAUUUGCAGGUUGCUAAUCGAACGAGGUGCUGACGUGAAUGCCAAAGAGGAAAAAAGUGGAUACACAGCGUUGCAUUUUGCCACUAGAUUUGGUAAUGUGCGUAUCAUGGAAAUUCUCUUGAAUUCGGGCGUCGACAUCGAUUGCGUAAAUGUAGAUGGUGAUACUGCACUUCAUCUUGCAUCCAGCCGCAGUGAGAUGCAACUCGUUCGGUCUCUCAUAGAAAAUGGUUGUAACGCAAACAUUGUUAACAAAUACCAUCAAACAGCGUGGCACUUACACAAUUCUAAGUUUGAAUAUAAAGGCGGCCAUAUCUCCAGUCUCCAACAGCUACUAGUUAAAAUGCAGAUUGCUAGUUUGGACGUGCAUAACGGAAAUGUGGAAAACCUUAAUCUCCCUAAGGAUUUAGUUUGGGAUCAGUUUGUGGACAAAUGUAUUAAAGAGACAAACAGACUGAAAAGCACAAACAUUAACGAUAGUAUCCUAACAUUUCAUGAUAUCCUAACAAAACGCUUAGACCACAUAGUAUUAUACGUGAGGGAUGUUGUUCCGGCUUUGAAAGGCUUCAAAUUCCAGAGAGAAUUUCCUACGUAUCACGACAUAAUAAAACCUCGUUUGAUCAGAACUAUGAGAAUGUUACGAAACGAGUUGUUAGACGAGGGCGUUACAUUUUUCCGCUAUUACCUCGGUAGAGAUUAUGAUUUACUUUGUAUUCAAAGAAUAUUACACUACCUGGAUAUCAAGAAUCUUACGAAUUUGAGAGAUGCUUGUAAAAACGUACGUUCUAACAUUAUCAAUGUAAUAAAACAGGAAACACUGUUUCAAUCUGAUGCGCCAGCAGGUCUAAGAAAAAUUUGCAGGUUGCUCAUCGAGAGAGGAGUUACCGUGCGUGCCGAAUUAGGAGAUGAAGAAACGGCGCUGCACCUAGCCAUUGAAAAGGGAUACGAAAAUAUCGUACAACUCCUCAUAGAUCAGGGUGCCGAUGUCAACUUGAAAUUUAAAUGGGGCCAGACACUACUUCAAGUAUUAUACGUGAGGGAUGUUGUUCCGGUUUUGAAAGACUUCAAAUUCCAGAGAGAAUUUCCUACGUAUCACGACAUAAUAGAACGUCGUUUCAUCAGAGCUAUGAAAAUGUUACGAAACGAGUUGUUAGACGAGGGCGUUACAUUUUUCCGCUAUUACCUCGGUAGAGAUUAUGAUUUACUUUGUAUUCAAAGAAUAUUACACUACCUGGAUAUCAAGGAUCUUACGAAUUUGAGAGAUGCUUGUAAAAACGUACGUUCUAACAUUAUCAAUGUAAUAAAACAGGAAACACUGUUUCAAUCUGAUGCGCGAGCAGGUCUAAGAAAAAUUUGCAGGUUGCUCAUCGAGAGAGGAGUUACCGUGCGUGCCGAAUUAGGAGAUGAAGAAACGGCGCUACACCUAGCCAUUGAGAAGGGAUACGAAAGUAUCGUACAACUCCUCGUAGAUCAGGGUGCCGAUGUCAACUUGAAAUUUAAAUGGGGCCAGACACUACUUCAUUUUGCUGCGCAAAAAGGAAAAGAAGACAUUUGCAGGUUGCUAAUCGAACGAGGUGCUGACGUGAAUGCCAAAGAGGAAAAAAGUGGAUACACAGCGUUGCAUUUUGCCACUAGAUUUGGUAAUGUGCGUAUCAUGGAAAUUCUCUUGAAUUCGGGCGUCGACAUCGAUUGCGUAAAUGUAGAUGGUGAUACUGCACUUCAUCUUGCAUCCAGCCGCAGUGAGAUGCAACUCGUUCGGUCUCUCAUAGAAAAUGGUUGUAACGCAAACAUUGUUAACAAAUACCAUCAAACAGCGUGGCACUUACACAAUUCUAAGUUUGAAUAUAAAGGCGGCCAUAUCUCCAGUCUCCAACAGCUACUAGUUAAAAUGCAGAUUGCUAGUUUGGACGUGCAUAACGGAAAUGUGGAAAACCUUAAUCUCCCUAAGGAUUUAGUUUGGGAUCAGUUUAAAUCCAAAAUGGCUGACGAGCGGAAGCAUCCGUGA